AUGGCCGCCGCUUUCGACGAGGAAGACCUCGCUGUCCCCCUCACUUCCGAUCGCGAUCGUCGGGAGAGAAGGCCACAGAACCCAAACUCCUCUGCCAUGGCCAUGCCGCCGUCCAAGUCGACUGGGAAACCGGAGGACCCGCUGCAGUCCCCCUCGACCACGCGGGACAUGCAGCGCCUCGACCAGUACCAGACCAUUCGGGUGCUGGGCGAGGGGUCCUUCGGAAAGGUGAAGCUCGCAAUUCAUCAGCCCAGUGGUCGUCAGGUUGCCUUGAAGAUUAUCUCGCGACGCAAGCUGCUGUCGCGAGACAUGGUUGGUCGCGUGGAGCGUGAAAUCCAGUACCUUCAAUUGCUGCGACACCCUCACAUCAUCAAACUCUACACCGUGAUUGCGACCAAGAGCGAUAUUGUGAUGGUGUUGGAAUAUGCGGAGCGGGAGUUGUUCGACUACCUCGUGAGGAAGGGACGCUGCGGCGACGACGAGGCCCGGAAGUUCUUCCAGCAAAUUAUCUGCGCCGUCGAGUACUGCCAUCGACACAAAAUCGUCCACCGUGACCUGAAGCCCGAAAACCUGCUCAUCGACAACCAAAAGAAUGUGAAGAUUGCGGAUUUCGGAUUGAGUAAUAUUAUGACGGACGGCAACUUCCUGAAGACCAGCUGCGGUAGCCCCAACUAUGCGGCACCCGAGGUCAUCUCCGGAAAGCUCUACGCCGGUCCCGAGGUAGACGUGUGGAGUUGCGGAGUGAUCUUGUAUGUUCUGCUGGUCGGUCGGCUGCCCUUUGACGACGAUUACAUCCCCGCGCUCUUCAAGAAGAUCGCCGCGGGUACCUUCCACAUCCCCGGAUACAUCUCAUCAGGGGCAGCUCGUUUGAUCCGUGCAAUGCUUCAGGUCCACCCCGUUCACCGAAUCACCAUUCCUGAGAUCAGAAUGGACCCGUGGUUUACCAAAAACCUCCCCACAUACCUGCAACCACCACCCGAAGAGUUCAUUGCGCCCGGGGUGGAUCCAAAGAAGAUUGAUAAUGGAAAGCUUGACCCCGCGAAACCAGCACCGGUACAACACAAGAUCCACAAGAUCGCUGUCACGAAGCUUGAAAGAAGCAUGGGAUAUGGCAAGGAGGACAUCGAAGAGGCAUUGAGACACCCAGAGCCCAGCGCGAUCAAGGAUGCUUUUUCGAUCGUCGUCGAGAACGAGAUGAUGCAGACUAAUUCACCCACGGACGAUAACAUGAUGGCUUCGAACGUCCAACCGAGAGGAGCUGCCCCUUCAUCCGCAGACAGAGCUCCCGCUCCACGGAAUCCACCACAGUCUGCGGCCGCCAGACAACGAGCUACCAGCGUGUCGCACCGCAGAGCCUCGGAAGAACCCCAAUUAGAAUCCGGAGAAGAGCCUCGUAUCAGCCACGUGCGAAUCCUCCCGACCAGUUUACCAUAUGUGCACGAGCAGCUCAUGGAGCAGCGCGAACGGGAGCGGAGAGCCCGUAAUGAAAUGCUGGAGCAGCGACGCCAGGAAGGUUCUGACCAUGGACACCCAGACCAAGCUGCAUACCGCGACAUGUCUCCAGAGGAACAGGCUGCCACUGCUCGGGCAUUGAAGCCCCACGCACGCAGUGUGGUUGACUUGGACAAACUCCGUUUCGAGCCGCCAACGGGCCAACCGGUCGAAAAACAACCCAAGAGAAGCCGCAAGUGGCAAUUCGGCAUUCGCUCACGAAACCAGCCUUACGAGGCCAUGCUAUAUCUGUAUCGGGCAAUUGCUGCCCAGGGUGGUCUGUGGGAUAUCCAGCCCGUCGAAUCAGGUACCAAUAUCGGCCCUGAUGCGGUCCCAUCCGCCGAAAAGUCCAAGGCCCUACAGAGCAAAUAUCCCGACCUCCCUUCCGACUACUACAUCCCCAAAGACCCAUGGUUCAUCCGCGCCCGACUAUUAAAAGAAGGCAUCAAAGCCCCCGGCGCCAACAACACAAGUGUCUUCAACAGCCGCAGCGACCUCGAAGAGCUUCGCCGCCGCUUCCACAUCUCCGGCCUCUCCGUGCCCACCGAAGACCGUCACCACCAGUCCUCCGCCCCAGACAGCGGUCUCGCCUCCGGCGCAUCAUCCGCCACCGGCCCCACCGGUCUCCCCAACAUCACCUAUGGCGUCUGGGUCUUCCUGGACAUCCAGCUCUACCAACUCGAAGAAAACAACUAUAUGGUCGACUUUAAGUGCGACGGAUACCAGAAUGUGAUCCGGGCUAACGGCGAUACCGAAUGGCAUCCUAUCAGCAAGCGGUACAUGAACAAGGAGAAGGAGGUCACUAGCCCUUACCCCUUCCUGGACGUGGCCUCUGAUCUUGUUGCCCAGCUGGCUGUGGCUAGUUGA